CCAUGUCCAGCAUGACAGUGCUCAUUUUCCUUGCUGUGGGGCUAUGCUUGGAAAAUGAAUCUACUUCCCAAACCCUUGAUUGCACGUAUUUAAGAGAGCAAUGCUUAAGGGAUGAAAAUGGCUGUAAACAUGCAUGGAGAAUAAUGGAAGAUGCCUGCAAUGUCUCAGGUAACCCUUGCAAGAUGAAGGAUUCAUCAAGCUGUAACCUGAGCAUCCAGUCCUUGGUGGAAAGCAAUUUCCAGUUUAAAGAUUGUCUCUGCACUGAUGACCUCUAUUGUGCUGUUAACAAACUGCUUGGAAAAAAAUGUAUCAGUGAAUCAGAUAACAUGAAAGAGGAUAAUAAAUUCAAGUGGAAUCUCACUACUUUUCCCUAUCAUGGAAUCAAAGGGAUCCCAUCCUGUUUGGAAGUGGCAGAGGCAUGCGUAGGGGAUGUGGUCUGUAAUGCACAGUUGGCCCUUUACCUUAAAGCUUGCUCAGCAAAUGGAAAUCUGUGUGAUGUGAACCACUGCCAAGCAGCCAUACGGUUCUUCUAUCAAAAUAUGCCUCUUAACAUUGCCCAGAUGUUGGCUUUUUGUGACUGUACUCAAUCUGAUAUACCUUGUCAACAGUCCAAAGAAGCUCUUCACAGCAAGCCAUGUGCAGUGAACAUAGUUCCACCCCCUACUUGCCUCAAUGUAAUUCACAGCUGCCGAAAUGAUGAAUUAUGCAGGAGACGCUAUAGGACAUUUCAGUCCAAGUGCUGGCAGCGUGUGACUAGAAAGUGCCGUGAAGAUGAGACUUGCAUCAGUACCUUAAGCAAGCAGGACCUCACCUGCUCGGGAAGUGAUGACUGCAAAGCCGCUUACAUUGGUACCCUUGGGACCGUCCUUCAAGUGCAGUGCACCUGCAGGACCACUACGCAAAAUGAAGAAUCUUUGUGUGAGAUUUUCCAGCAUAUGCUUCAUAGAAGAUCAUGUUUCAAUUAUCCAACCCUGUCGAACUUCAAAGGCAUUGCAUUGCGUAAAAGAAAACAUGCCAAGGAAAUAACUCUAAGUGGAUUCCAUUCCCCUUUCAAUGGAGAACUAAUCUACGCUGUCAUGUGCAUGACAGUCACCUGCGGAAUCCUUCUCCUGGUCACGCUCAAGCUGAGAACCUCCAGAAUAUCAAGUCAAACAAGAGAUCCUUCACCAAUCCCAAUGCCUGGAGGACUGGUGAUUCAUUAAGAGUAAUGGAUCAUUAACAAUCACUUCUUCAAAGCAAGUCUUUAUAGACAGUCAACAGAAUAUCCUACCAAUCAUCAACAAGGAAAAUGUCAAGAUGGACUUAAUGAUAUUGGUUCAUAAAGUAAAACAAUGCAAGGUAUAGUAAUAUGGCACAAUACAAGAUUGAUUUUUUCUUAAGAAAGUAUUCAAGUAAAAAUAUACAGUGGUAUCUUUAUAACACUGGUACGGAAUUAAAAUCUUCCUUGAAGGAAUAGAUGUUAUCCCAGGUUACAGUCUGCAUAAUUUGUUUCAUAAUAAAUUUGAAUCUAUAUAAUACAGUAAUUAGUUGCAUUAUAAUAUGACAUAUUACAGUUAGCAGGGCUUUUACUGACCAAUUGUGUAAAUUCUCAUUAACUUGCCAAAGGAAUUGUUAAUAAAAGUGUCCAGCUAUUUGCUAUUUGUAUAUUCUUAUCCAUUUUCAAAUCAUUAUAACUUAGAGAGUUAACAGCUACUGGGAUAUGU